UAGGCUUUAGCAAGUAUUUCUUCAUCCACAGUAUCGAGAACCCCACGUUGCACAAAAAAAGGUGGGUGGCAUCUGUUUACUUACUAUAAAUAGGAGCCAUAAUCCAAAAUCAAUCCACAAGCAAAAAAAAGAGAGAGAAAAUAAUGGAUUUUCAGAGGAUUCAAUUGACACCAUGGGAGUAUCUUCUAUCAUCACGAGCUCUUAAUGGCUACCAAGUUUCUCAAGAGAAUCAUAUUCGUUUGAGGAAAGAGGAGAUAAAAGUGGAGAUCGAAGAUUCUAUAUACUUAAUCAUACGCACGGAGACCACGGAUAGAUCGCCGGUCCCAACGGUUAGGAGUUUCAAGAGGAAAUUCCGGUUACCAGAAUCGAUAGAUAUAACCGGAAUAUCAGCUGGUUAUGAAGACGGUGUGUUGACUGUGAGUGUACCAAAGGUGGUUUUGAGAAGGAGGAGUUUCUUUAUUGAUCCUUCUGAUGUUCCUGAAAGUCUUCAAGUUCUUGCAAGAGCUGCUUAAACAAGUCGCUUUUGUUUCUUUCUUCCUUCUGUCAAGACUAGUUUGAUCUUUGCUUUUUAAAAAGUCUGGUUUCUAAUCUUUUAUUGGUACUUAACUGCUGUGUGCAGUUUAUAUAUUAAUCCAAAUCCUAAGUUUGUGCCUUCAAAAGGAAAGGUAAAAAAUGGUUCCAUGAGAAUUGUUUGGUCUUUACUCA